AUGCUCGACUUGGAAAGUAAAGAUAAACAACUAGAUAAGAUCAAUUCAGAUUUAGUAUCAACAGAUGAAGCUUGUAGAAGUACAACAGAUAGAUUGCAACAGACAUGCAAUGACAUGCGAGGAAAAUACAUCAACGAGCAAAACAGAUGUAGUGAACUUCAAACUAGAGUAACAGAGGUAGAGACUGAGGUAAAGACCAAGGAUGUACUCAUAGAAGAAUUAAGGCAGUUACACAAACAAAACCGACUUGAAAUUGACACUGAAGAAGAACAGGAGAAGGGCAUCAAUGUUGCGCAGUUCAAGAUAUUAGAAGAAGAAAUUGAAAUGCUGAAUGAAACUAACCAAAAGCAUAGAAUGAUUAUAACAAAACUGCAGGUGCAUAGUAAGACAAAGUCUAAAGAAAUCCAUCAUUUAGAAAUGAUGAUAAAGAAAUUAGAUAUGAAUUUAGAGAGUAAAAUCAGAAUAGAGGUGGAAAAUGGAAAAGAAGAUAUGGCAAAUGCAAAGGAGAAACUGAGGAAAGACAGUCUAGAAUGUAAAGAAAUGCUACAGGAUAGGGAUGUUAAGCUGUCGGAAUUAGAAUUUAAAUGUAAUGAGUUGAAUAAAAGCAACCAAGAGCUUGAAUGCAAUUAUUCUUCUUUGGAAUGUAACAUGAAAGAUGCAGAAGAAAUGCGUAUUAAAGAAAUACAAUCCAUGGAGGAAAGGUUAAAAAAUUCAUCCAGGGACUUUGAAGACAUGUCUGAAAAGAAUAGAAUGCUAAAUGAAGAGUUAUUGUGUGCUAAACAGGAGUGCCAGUCUCUUAGUGUAGAGAUGGAUAGUCUUCAAUUGAAGCUCGACACUUUAAUGCACGAGAAAAAUGAGCUUUUACAAGAAAAUAAUGAUUUAGAAGUGUCGAACAGAGAAUGGAUAAAGGCAAGAGAAGAAUUGACAUCAGUCCAAGAAGAAUUCGAUAAUUUAGUGGGAGAAAAAACGAUGUUGAUGAAGGAAUUGAAAGAAUUGCAGACCAAACUUGUGACUGAAACAGAACUUCUCAACAAAGAUGUUGAAGAAAAAGAAGUGUCUUUAUCAACUUUAAAUCGUCAGGUGGAAUCAUUAACUCUAACCAAUACUGAACUAGAAAAUGAGACCUUGUGCUAG